CUGGCUGGUGUCAUCAUUAGAUACUUAUAAAUAUAACUGGUUUACUCUUAUAAGGGAUAUAUAUUGAAGAAUUAAAGAGAGGAGAGGAAACUAAGUACUAUUUGGAAUGAAGAGAAAAAGAGAUAUGGAGAUAGAGUCAACUGAAAUACGAUCUGCUAUUCAAGAACUUUCCAUGUUGCAGCUGCUCAAAGUACAACCUGAAGAAGCUGAAGCUGAAGAUGAUCAUCAUAAUAUUACCACUAUUCCUACCUUGCCUUUUCUCUCUAUCUCCACUUUGGUCCUUCAAGUUCUUGAUAAGAUAGGGCCAACAAUGGCAGUAUUGAGACAAGACAUAUAUCAGAACAUCCAGAGAUUGGAAAAGAUCCAUGAUUCAGACCCUUCCCUCUACUCAAAUAUGGUUGAGAUAUUAAAGAAAGAGGUUAAUGAAGGCAAAGAAAGAAAGGGUCCUAGCUGUACCAAAGCUGUUCUUUGGCUUACCAGAUCCUUGGAUUUCUCAUUAGCAUUGUUACAACUACUGGUUGAAGAUAUAGAGAGGAAUAUGGAGCAAGCAGUUCAAGAAUCUUACACUAACACUCUUAAGCCAUGGCAUGGAUGGAUCUCUUCAGCAGCUUUCAAAGUGAUUUUCUUUUUUUCAUCAUUAUUCUUUCAGCACUAUUCAUAGUUUUGUUCACUGAAUAAUCAUAUUUCAAUUUA